AUGGUCGCCUUCCCCUUCCUCUUUAGCUUUCCGUUCGCCCUCCCCAGCUUGCCGUCCAUAUCGCUCCCAGCAAACAUACAGCGGCGGUUCCUGUCAUAUGUCCUCAAGCGGGCGUUAGGGCGGUUCGUGAAGACCGGAGGGCUGGAUGUGGAGAGGAUACAGGCGCAGAUCAGCGAGGGAUGGGUAGAGAUACAGGGCUUAGAGCUGAACCAUCAGGCUAUCAAUGCGCUUCUACCACCGUCACUUCCCUUGACGCUUACAAGCGGCCGACUAGAUCAUAUCUCCGCCAAAGUCCCAUUCGCCAAUCUAUGGUCAGACCCGCUCUCCGUCACUCUGACCGAUCUUACACUGGACUUUGAGCUCGGCGGAUCCCAAACCCCCUCUCGGCCCUCACCCCGCGGCUCAAGCUCACAUCAGCCGAGUCCCGGCUCGCCCCCUAUCGACCUCGCACACUCCGUCACAUCGGCAGCAGGGGACUUCCUGCAUGAUGAGCUGGACGCAUACGAGGAAGCCGAGCUCGGAAACUCUAUCCGCCAGUCCCUGGUUCUCAGCCAGAACGACCCAUUUGCGAGCGAUGACAUCCCCGGCGGCUUCCCAUUCGCUUCAAGCGGCGCCGGAGCCACGUCCCCUCUCGCGCCGACCACAGAGAGCAAAACGGCUCUGGCAGGUCUCGUGGAGCGGAUCCUGGCGAGACUGCAGGUCAAGGUCCGGAACGUACGGGUCCGGAUACGACUCGACGAUAAAGACCACGGGGCGACAUUCGAGCUUCGGAUAGGCGAUAUACAGUAUGCGGACGAGAGCGAUGCCGAACCUGCAAAGGUCAUGCGCGUCCUCCGCUUCUCAUCCGUCUCGGUAUAUACGGUACCCUCACGGAAGGUGGUACCGACUCGCCCGGUAUACGCUUCGUCGGUCCGCUCAUCGUCGAGCUCGUCGUCGGACUCGACAAGUGACGGAGGAGGAAUGGCCAUGUCCCUGGCUGUCGCUGAUCUGCGGCAAAGCACCAUGUCGUCCAUCGCUUCGGGGGCGUCGGUGUACCACAGCGCGCUGGACGAGGGAGGGAUUCCGGGGGAGGAAGAGGAGGAAGACAGCAGGGAUCAUGAUCGGUCACCUACACCCACCGCUGCUACUAUUGAGCCCGACGUCCUCCUUCUGAGCUUCGGAAGCGAGGGUAUCAUCAUUUCGAUGAAGACGACCCCGCCCAAGGCUCGGGAGGAGGCCGCCUCUUCGGCAGAUACUGGUCGGCCGGUGCUGCGGAGAGGCUCGACUAGCCAGAUCGCAGAGCAACUACCUCUGCUUGAGCUCGACCUGGCCGUCGGGACCAUAGCGGCGGUUAUCCUGCCUCGCCAGCUCGCCUCACUAGUGGCCGCAGCCCAGAGAUUUUCGGGCACAUCGAGCACGACAUCUGCUACAUCGGACCCGGUCCAGCCUCGGAUCCAAGCGAAGGUGCGCGUCAAAGGCGUGCAUGUCGCAAUGAUAUACGAUAUGGAUCUUGACCAAUUGCCCAUCCAGGCGGUAGAUCAAUUCUGGGCCAAGCCUGCCAGUACCUACCUUCCCGUCGGCCACCUCAAACUUCGGACGGAAGGUCUCUCCGCUUCAUACUGUACCAAAGGCCAUAUCCCUACACCUCUUCCUCUAUCUCGACGAUCCACCAGCUCCACCCUCAAUCCUCUCCGUCGCACAUCCUCCUCCAUCUCUCCAUGCCCUCGCCCGCCCAGCGUCGAGAUGACCGUUUCGGAGGUCUCAAUCUUCGAGUACCUCGCGACGGAUUCCGCUUCGGCUGCGGAUCCCGGAGAUGCUAUCCCAGGCGGAGCAUACCCCGUCCUUAUCUUCGACUCCAAUCUUCUCAAGCAAUAUGACUUGCGUACGCCCGCUUCAACUCGGCCGUCUUCAGGAUUGACGCCGCCGCCGCUCUUCCCGGAGUACGAGAACGUCGAUUGGCGGAACUCUGGUCUUCAGAAACGGAGCGGAGCAGGAGAGAAGUCAUGGAGGGUCCGGGCGGGAGUCCGGGGGGUUCUGAAGGGCGUAUCUCCGCCUCCAGUAGGGGAUGAGGGGCCGGCGAUAUCCAUCAAGGCGUCUAUCUCAACUGCACUUAUCCAAUUACUUCCCAUCCAUCUCUUCCUUGAUCUGUCACUGCUCGAACGUCUUUUACCCCUCCUCCGCUUCAUCGCCCCCGCAAUCCGGUCAACACCGCCCGAACGGGAUGCCUACGCGGAGAUGGCGGCUUCUCGGCGCCAGCCUGCUCCCCCAGCCGCCCGUGGCGGUCAGUACGUCAUCGACGAUCUGGACGCCCAGGCAGCUUCGGUAUCGACUCUGAAAGCUCAACCUCGGUCAAACCUGCUCGAGGUCAUAUGUCCGCUGUUUCGGAUAGACAUACGAUGUCCCGCCCCUCUCAACCGGAGGGGUACAUGGGGAGAUGGGGCGCAUCUACGGUCCGGAAUAGUGACGCUGGAUCUACAUCGCCUUUCUACGCGUCUGAAGGCGGGCAGUCAGGGCGACUUUACGGUGGAAUGGGACAAGAUGCUGUUGUUCUUCUGUCGAGUCCCAGAGAAACGCGCUCAGGCGUUCCUCGUUGUCGGUCCGCUAGCAUCCGACGCCUCCGAUCUAGACAUGACCCCCCUUCUCCCCUCCGUCACGAUCGGUAAAACCACCAGUCCCACCUCGACUUCGCUCGUCACCUGCCGUAUCCCCUCCAUCCAGGCCAAAGUCCGCCAGACCACCAUCGAGGGCCUGCAGUUCUUUGCAGACGACAUCACGCACUGGCUAGACGGUGCAUUUGGGGAUGGGUCGGCGCCUAAACCCCGGGACGACCUAAAGAUGAUCGGGAGUCGGUUCUUUGGGUCCAAGGGGUCUUCAUCUGCCUCUAGCUCGGCGGAGGAGGAGGAGGACGAGGCCGCUUCAGCGACUAUCAUCCGGGUCAACAUCUCCGAGGUGGACAUCGCUCUGCACGUGCCUCGGAAGAAUCGUGAGGAUACUGCCGCUACAGAACGCAUCCUCUCGCUGCAGGCGUCAGACGUCGACGUCAAGGUCGAAUCCAACACGACCGGAACUACUCUCGCCGUCGCCAUCAUGGACGCGGAAUUCAACGAUCGGACGACUCCCUCGGCGCCUAUCAGGAUACUCGGCCGAACAACACCCUUGACAUUGGCGAUGCACAACUCGCCGCUUGUCUCCAUUCGCUUCUCCUCGUCGUCCGAUGCAGCUACCGGGGCGAAGGAAAGUGGGAUCAAGGUGGCAUUGACGACACUGGCGGUGUUCAUCACGAAGGACCUGGCGUGGGUCACCGAGUUGAAGACCUUCGCCAAGACACCAGAGGGGGUGUUUGAGGAUAUGACACCGGCGGAGGUCACGCGGAUAGCGGUACAGCUGUUUGACUUCUCUGUGCAUGUUUCGGCGCCGACGAGACCGGGAGCACUGGUGGGCGUGCUGGGAUUGCUGGAUGUCAAGACCGAUAUCAUUAGCGAUGCGGAGGAGAGCCUGCUGGAGCUGAGUCUGGCGGGAGGGCAUGUGCUGGCUAUCGAUGAGACGGCGGCGGCUGGGGCUCUUCCGAUGGGACACUCUGCUUCGGUCGAAGCUUGGAAGCGCGCUGGCUAUGCAUCGAUGAUCGAGCUGGAUCCAGUCGAGCUGCAGCUAGUCCGAGAUCUUACAGGGUCGAAAGAUGUCAUGCUGGACGUUCUGAGGAGCCACGUCAGGGUGAUGGCGUGUGCGGACUCGCUUGGUACUUUCGCAGCUCUGCUUGGCGAUCUGCCUAAUCUUGACACAUUUCGCCGUCUGCCAGACACCAUCUCCGGGAUCGAUCUUAUAGAAGACGACCUCCCUACCAAUCUCGACUAUCUCGAUGCUGCGGCCAGACGGACCAAGCGAUCCGGCUCGGACGAUACGCUGGAAGGACUACGAUCAUGGCAGACAGAAUCUGAUAAUAAUUUGCUGGAUGACCAUCUCGCGGCAGAGAUCAAUGGGGAAACGAUCAAGAUACUGUUGAAAGGGGGAUUUGAUAUGGCGGAAGAGUACUGGGAGAAGCUACCGACGCUGGUACACGCUUCCUCGGACCAGCAAACCAUCCCCCUCAAAGUCCGCAUCCACGAUGUCUCGGCCGAGAUCCUCCUUCAUGACGGGUACGACUGGUCCCGGACCCGCCGGGCCAUCGAAGAGGAGAUCAAAGCCGUCCGCCGGCGCCUCGAAAAGAUCCGUCAACUCCUCGCCUCCGGCCAAAAAGCCGACGACAGCGUCGAGCGAGCGACCAGCGUCCUCUUCAACUCGAUCUAUAUCGGUCUCGACCAGUCCAAGGAGAAUAUGGACACGGCGGCGCUUCUCGCUGCGAUCGAUGACGAGCUCGAGGAGCUGGGAGACGAGACGGCCAGCCAGAGCUCUUGGCAGACCAUGCCCGCUGCAGGGAGCGAGCGGCCGUCCGCCAAGAAGACGCGGUUAAAGGGGAAGCGUCUGACCCGGUCGAAGAAGGCUCAGAUCGAGGUGGCGUUGAUGGGGGUCAAGGCGGAGAUCGAUGUUCACGGUGCGGACGACGCGACGUCUGGACGGGUGCACAUCACGGCAAAGUCGCUCGAGAUCCUCGAUCAUAUCAAGACGUCUACGUGGAAGAAGUUCUUAAGUGAGAUGAGGGCGGAUGCGAGGGGUAAUAUAAGGGAGACCGGGGCGGAUAUGCUGAGGGUGGAAUUGAUGAGCGUUCGCCCAUCUUUACCCCAUCCAGACGAGGAGCUUCGCCUCAAGGCCAAAGUACUACCCCUUCGGCUCCACAUCGACCAGGAUGCUCUAGACUUUCUGAAACGCUUCUUCAGCUUCGAAAUCCCUGCCAGCUCGGCAGCGCCAGAGCAGCCAACGACCGCUCACACCGCUCCCGCGGCAAAGGGAAAAGAGCUCUUCUUCCAACACGUCGAGAUCUUUCCCGUGGAGAUCAAGCUCGACUACAAACCCAAACGGGUCGACUUUGCGGCUCUUCGAGAGGGAAAGACGAUCGAAUUGAUGAACUUCUUCCACUUUGACGGGGCAGAAAUGACGCUUCGUCAUAUUACCAUGUCAGGGGUCUCCGGUCUGACCCGCCUAUCCACCAUGCUCCAAGACAUCUGGACUCCCGACGUCAAAGCCAAUCAGCUCGCAGAUGUCAUUUCCGGCGUAUCCCCAAUCCGCUCCAUGGUCAACGUCGGAUCGGGCGUCGCAGACCUCAUCCUCCUCCCUAUCGAGCAAUACAAGAAGGACGGCCGAAUCGCUCGCGGUGUUCAGAGAGGGACCAACAGCUUUGUGCGGUCAACAGCCAUGGAGAUGAUGAAGCUCGGCGCCAAGCUCGCAACGGGAACCCAGGUCAUACUGGAGCGAGCAGAAGGUGUGCUUGGUGGAGGAAGCAAGUUUAGGGACGAUGUCAUCGGGGAGGUCGGAGCGGACUCUGGGCGUCAGACGGUCGAAAGCGAUGAUGACGAGGGGGAUAUGGUGGAGGUCCUGAGUCGGUACGCGAAUCAGCCGACGGACGCGCGAGAGGGUGUCCAGGCGGCGUACAAGAGCUUGUCGAGCAACAUCACUUCGGCGGCGCAAACGAUAUUAGCAGUUCCGAUGGAGGUGUAUGAGCGAUCUGGGGAGAAUGGACCGCUCAAAGCCGUCGUUCGGGCUGUACCGAUCGCUGUAUUGCGUCCGAUGAUUGGCGCUUCCGAGGCGGUCAGCAAGACUCUUCUGGGUGUCCGCAACAGCUUGGACCCGACGUCACGGGAGGAGCUGGGGGACAAGUACAAGUGA